AGAAGCUUCCAUUUUGCGCUUGCCUUCCUUUUCGUCUUUUUGGUGCUUGCAAAGCUAGGCCAUGAGCCAUUUCGCAGAAAGCGUAAUCGAGAUGUUAUGAAGUUUUCUAUGUAAGCACUUUUUAGCUUUAGGUUGAAACUGGCUGAAGGGAUGCCAGGUUUGAAUUUGGUGUUACUGGGAAGAACAGGAGUUGGGAAGAGUGCAUCAGGAAACACAAUACUGGGACGAGAAGCUUUCAUAUCAAAGAGAAUCUCCAGAUCAGUUACUCAAGAUGUUACUGCUGAAUCUGGAACUGUUAAUGGGUUUCCAGUCACUGUUUAUGACACACCAGGAUUAUUCAACACACACAUGAGUGAUGAAGAUAUUCAGCAGGUGAUAAAUGUAAAGGUUCUUCAGAGAUGUGAAUCAGGUCCCUGUGUGUUUCUGCUGGUCAUCAAAGCCGACAGAUUCACUGAAAAAAAGAGAAAAACUGUGGAGAAGAUUGAGGAGCUGUUAGGAGAAGAGCGCUUGAAGAAAACCUGGAUUCUCUUCACCAGAGGAGACGAACUGGAGGAAGAAAACAUGACUAUAAAAGAGUUCAUCGAUGACACUGAACCACUGAAGAGACUCGUUCAGAAAUAUGAUCAGAGACAUCAUGUGUUCAACAACAAGAUUUCAGGAUCAACUGACCAGGCUAGAUUACUACUUGCAAAAAUUCUCCAGAGAUCUUUGGGAGAAGAGUAUGAAGGGAGACGGAUUUCUGUCAGCAGAGCAAAGGCUCACAAUAAACCAGACACUCCAGUCUCCAGUCCCUCAUCCAGACGGAUUGUUCUUCUGGGUAAAACUGGUUUUGGGAAAAGUACAUCUGGAAACACAAUACUGGGACAGAGAGAGUUCAGAUCUGUGAUGAGAAUGAAUGCAGUAACCAGUAAAUGUUCAGAGAAACACACCACUGUUUCAGGCAGAUCUGUGACUGUAGUUGAUACUCCUGGAUUAUUCGACACAAAGAUGAAGCCUGAAGAGAUAAUGAGAGAGAUAGCGAGAAGUGUUUAUAUAUCCAGUCCUGGACCGCACGCUUUCCUCAUUGUGUUUCCUGUGAGUGUGAGAUUCACUGAACAGGAGCAGCAGAUUCCUCAGCAGAUUGAGAUGAUGUUUGGAGAAGAAGUGUUAAAAUACUCCAUCAUUCUCUUCACUCAUGGAGAUCUGCUAGAAGGAGAGUCUGUAGAGAAACUCAUUCAGGAGAGCAGUAGAUUAAGAGAUCUAGUUCAGCAGUGUGGAGGCAGAUAUCACGUCUUCAACAAUAAAGAUGAGAAUGACAGAGAUCAGGUGAAUGAUCUACUGAAGAAGAUUGACACAAUGAUAGAGCAGAAUGGAGGAGGACACUACAGUAAUCAGAUGUAUGAAGAUGCUCAGAGAUUCAGACGAGUGGAAGAAGAGCGGAGACAGAGAGAGGAAGAAGAGAGAAAACAGGUGAAAGGGAAGGAGCUAGCAGCGUAUAUAGGAAGACGAAGGGAAAACCCUGAAUUUAAAGAGUUUUACAACACGUAUCAGCCCCGAUGGAAGACAGCAGCUUUUGCAGUUGGUCAUAUGACUACUGGUCUAUUUUUUGGUGCAUGUAUUAGUGGUGCAUGUAUUGGUGGAGCUCUUGGAUCUAUUGGUGGCCCUGCUGGUGCCGCUGUUGGUGCAGCUGCUGGUGCCGCUGUUGGUGCAGCUGUUGGUGCCGCUGUUGUUACCUCUGCCGCUGUUUAUAAGUUGUUAGACUUAGUCAGGCGUAGACGUGAGAAUAGUUCUUGUGAUCCUCAGAUCUAGGAGACCCAAACCCUUAACCCUAUCCACUCUCCAAUCCUGGAACAUGUUUAAAUCAGGCCAGACAUUUUGGGGCCCCUGGAAAAUGUAUUUCUGUCCUCCAUAAUGAAAAUUAUAAAUAUUAUCAUCUAGUUUGUUUUAACUGCCACAUACUUUGAUUUAUAAGGUGUGAUACAUAAAUCACUUAUUUUUAUUGUUACAAUUAGUUUUAUGUAUUAAAUCUUUAGUUUUACCUUCAUUAAUUUGUGCUGGUACCAGAAAGAGGACUUUAGGUUGAUAAGAUUUGAAACAUAUAUUUUAAUUUACUUUCCUUUUUUUUGCUUUAUAUAGUAACGUUAGUGAUCAAUUUUAUGUUUGUAAACUUUCUUUUUUUCUAAUUUGAAAUUCAAUAACUCAGGAAGGGUAAUGUAGUAGGAUAAGUCUUUUUUGGUAGAGUUUAUCUGUAUUUUUUUACAUUAUCUGCAUUUUUUUUUUUUAAGUUUUCUAAAUAACAUACACAAAAGUAAUGACAGAUAACUCCAAAAACUGUAGCAUGGAGAGUCAAAAUGUGGUAUUGUUUCAUAAAUUAAUAAUAAUACUUCAAAUGUAUUAUUAUUAUUAUUAAUUAUUAUUUUAUCAAACAAUACAGUUUCUAUGAAACAAUAUCAAACAUUCUCAUGCUAAGAAAAAAAAAGUUGAUAUAAAAAAAGUGUGGUCAAGGGAAAUAUUAUAUAUUUUUCUAAUUUGAUAUGCAAUAUCUAAUAAACGGAAUAAGGAAGGAGGAAAAUAAUUUUUCAGUAAAGUUCCUCUAAAUGUGUUCUGCUUCUGGAUCAUAUUGUGUUGUGAUAACAUAAAGUAAUAAAAAGUUAUAGCAUUUGGAACCGUGGUAGCCUUUUACAUUGUUCAAAAAAAGGAAAUUCAUAAAUUAUGAAACCAUUUUUAUUUAUUUGUCAAUUAAAGUGAAUGCACACUUUUGAUGGGCAAAAUAAAAAUGAUUUCACACAAAAAAGUGCUCAAAAUGACAUACAAAACAAAAAUACAUAAUAAACAUGUUUUGUGUGUAAUAACGAACUGUCAAAAAAGAAAAUUACGAAUAGAAAAUAUUUAUAGAUGAUUUACCCAUUUAAAUUUGUUUUUAAUUAUUCUGUUCAGCUGAAAAUAUGCUGUAUUACAAAAAAGUAAAAAUAAACUAUAGCAAGAAAAAAUAUGAUAUAUCAACUUUCUACCACCAAUCUUGUGGAAUUGCAUUAUUUGGGCUAAUAGCAUGGAAGGUGGACAAAAAGCAAGUCACACACAGACAUCAAGAUUUUGCAUAUGAUUCACAAUAAUGGUGACAAUAAAUAAAAAAAAAAGUUUCAUGGUGCAAUGCUGGGUAGGUUUCAUAGUCCAAAACAUCCUUGAUUCCCAAGCUUUUUUGUUUUGGUUGUCACCGUCGUUGAGAAUCAUAUCCAAAAUCUUGAUAUCUUUGUGUGACUAUUUGAGUCACUUUCUUAAGAUAUUUUGUACACAGUGGUCAUUUUAAAGUUUCUGAUCCAAAUAAUGCAGUUCCACAAGAUCGGUGGUUAUUAAUAUCAGAUAUAAAAACAAAAGUUCAAAUGCUGUUUAAUGCUUGCAUUGUGUUGAUUUUGUCGUCAUCAAUAAAGAGCUGAUGACAGCUGAUUUUUCAUUUUCUUGGUUUUCUCUGCACGAACAAUGGUGUUACACAAACACACAAUUACAACAGCCAAAGAAAAGCUAAAGUAAGGUGAUCUGGGAGCAGAACUAAAGCAAACACUGAUCACCACAAUGGUGAUUCAAAAUGAAACAAAUAUCACCAUCUAAACCACAUCUAAACAAUGUAAAUAAACAUGAGUUUUAAUUGAAUGCGUCCUGAGUGUUUAUUUGGUCCAGAAACAGUAUAAAUUGUCUAAAUGAGACCAUAAGUUAUGUUGAAAAUAUGUCCACAAUGGCCACAUUUGAACUAGGGCUGGG